AUGCCACUCGUCAUAAAGAGACUCAAUAGACCAAACAAUUUCAUAGAGGCAUUCGUGAUUCCUGUGAAUCUGGGUAAUGGAGCGAAAGAGGACUGCCUAGUGGUUGGGAAAAGAGAUGUCGUUGAGCUCUAUACGUUACACGAGGAUCUGAAGUCGUUGGUGCUGAGGAAGACGAUACCUUUGUUUGAGCUGAUCUUGGACAUCAAGCCGUUCUUACCUAUUGGCUGCACGGAUUACUGGCUUGCCGUCUCUGUUGACACCGACAUUCUCAUACUUUCCUUGGAGGAUAACAACAGGUUUGAUAUCAUCAUAGAGAGAUUACCCUUGAACAAGGAGUUUGAAGGCGCUAGAAAUCCAGAAACACGCUCGCUGUGUGUGGAGUCGUCCAAGUUUCUCUCAACGCUGACUUCGGACGGUUCAGUAGUGAUCUAUCCUGUCAAUAGGCCUAAAAACCUGGAUAAUUUUGAGAAGGCACAGGAUUUACAAAGGUCGUUUAAUUGGACACAAGGGAAGGUGAAACUCUUCAAAGAUCCAGUGUCGUUCACUCUGUCAAUGUCCCAUGGAAGAACAUGCCUUCCCGUGGAUUGUAUCGACGCCGUUCAUGAAGAUAAUACACACGUUACAUUUUCCGUGCUGUAUCACGAUGAAUUGUACGAAUACCAUCAUUCGUACUUUACAUGGGACACAGAGUACUGUCUUGAACAAUUUGACGAGCUAGACUUUGAAGCAAACGAUGGCAUACGAUUUCGUGAGAAGGUGAGCCCUAUAGCUUUGCCAUUUUGUAUCAACAUGGGUACACUCUUUGUUGGGAAAUCUGGGUUAUACCUGAGAAAUUACAAACGUGUGGUACCUCAUAUUACCAUAUCCGUGGGCAAUAAAGACAAGGAUCUAAGUGUCAUUGGUCUUAGCCAUAAUCCCGUGGUGAAGAAGAAGUACAAGAAACUGGAAAUCUCAACGGCUGUCGUGAUUAACCCAAAUGAUGUCAAGUGCACAAGAAUAAUCUUGAUAUCCAAAAAGGGUGAUGUGUAUUUGACUGAGUUGAAGUUCCACAUCGCCAAUGAUGACUCAGGGUAUCCAGACACCAUUGAAGUACAAUCUUGGACCACUCACAAGCUCCAGGGUAAGCUGUACAAUGCCCAACGAGUUGUCAAGCUUAAGGAUAACAUCUUUGCAGUACAGUCAAGACAGAGAGGAUUAGGGCUGUUCUCAAUCGAUAUGGAGCAGCUGAGACUCACAGAGCUUUUCAAUGAGAAGGCACUCUCUGCAGUGUUAGAUAUUUCAAUGACUAAUACAACUGUCCCUAAGAUACAAGCGGUUGGCGGAGGGCCCGUGACAGAAGGUAUCAUCAGUACAUGGUAUAAAGGGUUCCAAAGUAAGAUGUUGAAUGAAAGAAAAACAGCAUUGGAACCUGGAAUUCUUAACUGCUGGAGUAUUGACGAUUAUUUCCUUGUGAAACAGCUAGAUAGCACAGUCAUAUUGAAACAAACAAAUCGAACAUUCGAAGAAACACAUGACCUGGAUGCAGUUCUUGAUGUUGAUGGGGAGAUUUUGGAUGUCCAAAGGAACUCCAGUGGAAAUCUGAUGUGUAUCACUACAAAGGGGAUAUAUCAAGAUGGGGUUCGUAUCCAAGCCGUAGACGUUGUUCACGGUGUCUUUUCACAGUAUGGCAAUGCCGUGUACUGUACGUCCAAAUCCAUUUAUUUUAGAUCCCAUCAUUAUAGAGUUAACAUUGACGAAGUGUCUUGUUUAUCCUAUCUUGAACAAGGGACCACUUCUUUAGUCUGUGUUGGAGACUGGAAAGGUGAUGUCAAGGUGAUAAUACCGGAUAAACCAACUCAGAAGCUCUCUUUUGGAACUGCCAUAUCCUCGAUUCUGGGGAAGGUAAUUGGAGGUGAAACUAUGAUGCUUAUCGGUACUUCACAUGGUGAUUUGUAUACGAUUCGAAACGGAGAGCGAAACAAGUGGAAUAUUGGAUCUUCACCUGUUUCAUUGACAGACUGUGACGACUUUGUACUAGUAUACAACGCUGAGUGUGUGCUUAAAUUUGUUUUCGACGAUACAUGGAACUGUUCUGCCAGGGGAUACAUUCAGAUAACUCCUCCAGAAUUGAUAAAGUAUACCAAUGGGCAGAUCUGGACCUUAAGUGACGGUGCUAUUGGUGUAUUACACAUUGAUAAGGAGCUCAUGACGUUGAAGCACGAGCUACAGCUACCUCGAUUGGUACGGAAAUGUAUUAAAUUCAAAAACUUUAUGAACUUGUCACUCUUUGUCACAUUGACACAACUACCAUCUAAGCUAUAUGAGGAUGAAUUGGACUUUCAGUGUCAAUUGGAGGUUAUAGAGAACAAUACCUUCAAGACAGUCUCAACUUAUAAGUUACCAAGGGGUGUUGAGGUUACUGACGCUGUGAAUCUGGCGUAUAGAAACGAUGUUAUCUCUACAAUGAACGAACCACCAAUCAACUUUGGAGUGGAGAGCUUCUUAUCACAGUGCUUUGCCAUUAGUUGUUUGCACCAUACGGAAGAUAUGAAAGGCUCACCGAUUGAAAUAUUUUCUGUUGACCAAGACGGGAAAUUGGAACGUAUUGCAACUGCACCAUCUUCUGGGAUACAGUAUUACUGCCUAACUUCCCAUGCGAAUCGUCUUUUGAUAGCUGGAGGCACAAGGGUUUGUGCCUAUCAGAUUGACUAUAGUUUGGAGCAUUCCAAGUUCACCCUUCAACGAGUUACAGAGUUCUUACGCCCUGAGCACUAUACGUCACACGUUACCAGUGUUGGUCCGGAUGUUAUCAUCACAGACGCAUUAGCAUCAACAAAGUACUACAAGUUAGAGGUCUUGGAUGAACCUGAUAACGAGGUGUUUUUGAGAUGGGUGAAUGUCGAGUAUGCGUAUGGAUUCAAUAAUAUGUUCACCGUUGCAUUGGAUGUAUUUUAUGAUCUUGAACUAGGAGCAGACUCUUAUGGAGGUAUCGGAACAGGCUCUGCGGGUGCUGAUAGACUUGGAGUCUACAGUAAUGCUGGAUAUGUACUACCUGAUGAGAUUAACGUCAUCAAGGCCAUUGAGAGGUCAAAAGCGUUGAUAUCUCAGAAGGAUCUACAUCGCUUGAUGGAAGAUAAAGGAUUAAAACAUAUCGAGUCGAUACCACUUUUCCUACUUGGCUCAGCUUCCGGAGGGAUGUACUCUUUGACUUUUAUUCAAAGUCAAGAGGUUAUAGAAGCCACUAGGGCAAUACUUGAGUCCAAAGUACAGGAAAUAGUGUACGCUGGUUGGAAGUGUGAAACGCUCUUUGACUAUGAAACUGGCGAAGUUACGACGGAUGGCUAUAUCAUUGAUGGUGAUUUAGUGGAGAUGCUGGAGAAGAGCCUAGGUGGAUCUCUUCUCAGUAAUCUCUUUGAAAGGCAUUGCAGUCUACUAUAG